AGAGUAACCCUUCCCUUCUCCUUCUCAUCUCAAGCUUGUGCGCGGCGCUCUCUGGAAACUCAUCCCAAGGCAAUUUAUACCAGCUUCUUCAAGUUUAUACUGUUUCGUCUGAAUUUUCUAAUUGUCAGUUUUUGGACUCGAGAUUGGUGUGUAGGAAACGCGUGUGUGAUCAUGGCGACUCCGGCUGAUUCUGAGGCUGUCAAGUCUCUCAACAACUCCAAGGGAAAGAAGGAGUUUGUGUUCAAGAAUUUCUCUCAAAGAAUCAGUGACAUUGACAUCCAACUCUAUAGGAGCCUGGAUAAGAUGAAGGCUGAACCUUCAUUCGAGGAACAAGAGAAUCGAGUGAUUAAAGAAUUAUUAGCUCUCGAGGCCUCCAAUGACGACCAAGAUGAUGCGUUCAUGUCUGUUAUGGGAACAAGACCUCAGUAGAACAAGGUCCAAACUCGUGUCCAGCCGGAAGAAGUUUCUAAUUAAAGUUUUGGUGUUUCUUUUUAUUAUUAUUAUUAUU